AAAGAAUACAGUAUAUAAAUAGAUACUCGUCUCUACACCCCACCACCUCCAUUAUUCUUCUCCCCAUUCCCUCUCUUGAAACACAAAUCUAGUCCCGCCCGCCCGCUCUCGAAUCUCUCUCUCUCUCCCUUUCUCAGGUUUUGUUUGAGUAGAUUAACACAAUGUCUGGCAUCGGUGGACUUACCAAUCAAAACCCUAAUAAAUCAUAUGAGGUUGUUCAACCGCCUACUGAUUCUAUAUCCAGUCUAUGUUUUAGCCCUAAAGGCAACUAUCUUGUUGCUACUUCUUGGGAUAAUCAGGUUAGAUGUUGGGAAAUACAAAGAUCAGGAGCUAAUACAGGAAGUGUGGCAAAAGCUGCAAUUAGUCAUGACCAACCGGUUUUGUGCUCGGCAUGGAAAGAUGAUGGGAUGACUGUUUUCUCGGGAGGGUGUGAUAAACAAGUAAAGAUGUGGCCGUUGAUGUCUAAUGGUCAACCUGUGACUGUUGCUAUGCAUGAUGCACCUGUUAAAGAAGUUGCUUGGAUACCAGAGAUGAAUCUUUUGGCCACAGGAAGCUGGGAUAAGACUCUCAAGUACUGGGACCUUAGGCAGCAAACACCGGUCCAUACACAACAGCUUCCAGAACGUUGUUACUCACUCUCUGUCAAAUAUCCUCUGAUGGUUGUUGGAACAGCAGAUAGAAAUCUGAUUGUUUUUAACCUGAACAAACCUCAGGAGGAGUUUAAGAGAAUUCAAUCACCCUUGAAGUAUCAAACUAGAUGUGUUGCUGCAUUCCCAGAUCAGCAAGGUUUUCUUGUUGGCUCGAUUGAGGGCAGAGUUGGUGUCCAUCAUUUGGAUGAGACUUUGCAAGCGAAAAACUUCACCUUCAAAUGCCACAGGGAGGGACAGGAGAUAUACUCUGUCAACUCGUUAAAUUUUCAUCCUGUUCAUCACACAUUUGCAACUGCUGGAUCAGAUGGUGCCUUCAAUUUUUGGGACAAGGAUAGCAAACAGAGACUCAAGGCCUUGUCUAGGUGCAAUGCUCCUAUUCCUUGCAGUGCAUUCAACAGUGAUGGUUCAAUAUAUGCAUAUGCGGUGUGUUAUGACUGGAGCAAGGGUGCAGAAAAUCACAAUCCAGCUACUGCAAAGUCAACCAUUUUCCUCCACCUGCCACAGGAAUCCGAGGUUAAAGGGAAGCCACGAGUUGGGACUGGUAGAAAGUGAAGCUACUGCUUAGUAUAUGUGGAUGGUAGAUUGAUAGUAAUCGCGACUGCUAGGAAGCAAAAGGGUCCUUUGGUGUUCAUUGUUUUUUUUGUAAAUUGGUGAUAAUUUUUUUUUUUACCUUGAGAUCCAAGUAGCAGUGUUCUAGUCUCAUAUAUGAUUGCUUCUUGUUUUUGGAUCAUAAGAAGUGCAGUCUUAUAUAAUUGCUUCUUGUUUUUGGAUCAUAAGAUGCGCAACUAAUUUUUUUAAUGACAGUAGUAUAAUAAGCCAA